GAGGAUUUUACAGCGUCGCCACAGCACUCGCACGAGCGUACGUUUUUUAUUAUACCCCAGUGGAGCGUACCCAACGACAAACAAAGAGGAGCCUUGUCAGCCAAGAUUUCUCAAGACGAAAAAAUGCUGGUGAAAUCAAACAGCGAGUAUGACUCCUUCCUCUACUGGAGACAGCCCAUUGCAGCCCCGGACCUGUCCGAGCUGGAAGACCUGGGUGUGACCAACAGCAAGCCAACCAAGAAGAGCAAGAAGGCCACCAAGAAACAGAAUGCUGCCUUAGCCAAGCCAAGGAAGCAGCAAGAGGCACAGGAGGCUGAAUUGUCAGAGUACACCACCUUCAACUACUGGAGAGAGCCUAUCUCCAGCAUCGACCUCCUCGACUUCAACCUGCUUCUGUGAGAACCAUCCCCAUCUCAGCCUCCCAGUCAUAAGACCCUCCCUCUCCUCACACUGGCCCCAUCUGGAUAAACAUGGAUUUUGUUAAGUUUCUGGUCCCAAGAAGAAGUACUGAAUCUGUAUUAGUCUGUACUGUGCAUUUUUGUUUAGGAUCCCGCUCCCUUUAAAAAAAAAACAUUUUGGCCUAAAAUGACAUACCCACAUCUAACUGCCUGACCUGAAGCAAGGAUAUGCAUAUUCUUGAUUCCAUUUGAAGGGAAACACUUUAAAGUUUGUGGAAAUGUGAAAUUAAUGUAGGAGAAUAUAACACAUUAGAUCUGGUAAAAGAUGGUACAAAAAAAAAGCUGUUCUCUUUUUUUGUAUUUGAAAUGCAAGAGAAAGGCCAUCAUGCAUUAUUCCAGCCCAGGCACAAUUUAGAUUUUGGACUCUAGAUAGCAGCAGUGUAUGUGCAAAGUUUGAGACUGAUCCAAUGAACAAUCGCAUAUCUGUUCAAAAUGUUGUAUCAAGACUGCCAAAAUGUGCCUGAUCAAGUUUAUAAUUGUGCACUCUCCUCAAACAAUAGCAUGGUAUUAUUUCACUGUAAUAGCUACUGUAAAUUGGACAGUGCAGUUAGAUUAACAAGAAUUGAAGCUUUCUGCCCAUAUCAGAUAUAUCUAUAUCCUGGUAUUUUUUUUGUUUUGUUACUUACAACCUCAUGCUAAUUAUAUUAGUCUACUUAGCUCAACUAGGAGUGGCAGGGUAGCCUAGUGGUUAGAGCGUAACCGAAAGGUUGCAAGUCCAAUUCCCCGAGCUGACAAAGUACAAAUCUGUCGUUCUGCCUCUGAAAAGGCAGUUAACCCACAGUUCCUAGGCAGUCAUUGAAAAUAAGAAUUUGUUCUUAACUGACUUGCCUGGUAAAAAAAAAAAAAAAACUGUCCCGUGGGGGGGGACUGAUCCCGUAGAGGAUAACCUCCAAAUAAUACUGAAAGGACAUUCUAGGGAGUUCUGCUUAGGUUUUCUCCACAUGAGGGCUACAUGACUCGAUCACUAAUUUCAACAAACAUAACUAACUAGAAAUGGCAAUAAGGUGAGCCUUUAAAUUAUUAUAAAUAGUUAAAUUUCACACUGACUGCAUGGCUCCUGUCUCACAUUAAGGACUUACACAUUCAUAAUUUGUGAGAGAACUUGAGUACGCUACAUCACAUUUUUUAACAAAUGCUAAGUGCUGUCGCAUUUUUAGCCUCACCUAAAACAGGCUUGAAGGGUAGUGCCAACCCGAGCCUUGGAGAGUGUCCGCAUGUUGUAUUUAUAAGUAGUUAUUUUUAAGUAGUAGAAAGUAAAGCACCUCCACACAGAACAGAUAUUUUAGAAGCUCUUAGGGAGCCACAAGCAUGACUGUCUUUUGCGCUUUGUAUUGAUUUGUUUCAGACACUGAACUGACUGGCUCAAACCCACCCAAUUAAUUAAUUUAGUAUGCUGUUUUUAGCCUACCAUAAGUAGGCCUCAACAGAGUGCAAUGACUGAGGAUAAAUGUUAGAGAUUCCAAUGCAGAGCUGUUUUCUUUACUUUACUUCUGCAUAGACCACCGUUACGUACCGUCUGAAUGUCAAGGAAAGAAUGGAUUGAAAUGUUUAAUGAAAGAAGGGAAAGGAAUGUUUUUAAUUGUGCCAGACUGAUGUUGCACAUGGUCUUGAAAGUACGGUAGUACACACUCAAAUUUUGGAUGCUUUUAAUCAUAAAGCUAACUUGUGCAAUGAGCAGUAGAUUCCCAAAUGUGACUCAGAUUAAGAGAUUAAGAUAUGCACAGGAUAUCAAUACACUUUGUUUACUGUGAGAAAUAAUCUCAAACUAAAGGGCUAGAACAUGCAGCAUUUUUUGAGGAGAUACAGUGCCUUUGGAAAGUAUUCAGGCCCCUAGACUUUGUCCACAUUUUGUUACGUUACAGCCUUAUUCUAAAAUGGAUUAAAUACAAAAAUCCUCUCAACACACACUACCCCAUAAUGACAAUGUGAAAACAGGCUUAUUUACAUAAGUAUUCAGACACUUUGCUAUGAGACUCAGGUGCAUCCUGUUUCCAUUGAUCAUGCUUCAGAUGUUUCUACAACUUGAUUGGAGUCCACCUGUGGUACAUUCAAUUGAUUGGACAUGAUUUGGAAAGGCACACACUUGUCUAUAUGAGGUCCCACAUUUGACAUUGCAUGUCAGAGGAAAAACUAAGCCAUGAGGUCGAAAGAAUUGUCUGUAGAGCUCCGAGACAGGAUUGUGUCGAGGCAAAGAGCUGGGGAAGGGUACUAAAAAAUGUCUGCCACAUUGAAGGUCCCCAAGAACACAGUGGCCUCCAUUCUUAAAUGGAAGAAGUAUGGAAUCACCAAAACUCUUCAUAGAGCUGGCCAAACUGAGCAAUCGGGGGAAACGGGCCUUGGUCAGGGAGGUGACCAAGAACCCGAUAGUGAUUGUGAUAGAGUUCCUCUGUGAAGAUGGGAGAACCUUCCUGAAGGACAACCAUCUCUGCAGCACUCCACCAAUCAGGCCUUUAUGGUAGAAUGGCCAGACAUAAGCCACUCUUCAGUAAAAGGCACAUGAGAGCCCUCUUGGAGUUUGCCAAAAGGCACCUAAAGACUCUCAAAUCAUGAGAAACAAGAUUCUUUGGUCUGAUGAAACCAAGAUUGAACUCUUCUGCCUGAAUGCCAAGUGUCAUCUUUGGAGGAAACCUGGCACCAUCCCUACUGUGAAGCAUGGGGUCAGAAUCAUGCUGUGGGGAUGUUUUUCAGCGGCAGGGACUGGGAGACUAGUCAGGAUCGAGGGAAAGAUGAACGAAGCAAAGUACAGAGAUCCUUGAUGAAAUCCUGCUCCAGAACGCUCAGGACCUCAGACUGGGGAGAAGGUUCACUUUCCAACAGGACAUCGACCUUAAGCACACAGCUAAAACAACGCAGGAGUGGCUUUGAGACAAGUCUCUGAAUGUCCUUGAGUGGCCCGGACUUGAACCUGAUCGAACAUCUCUGGAGAGACCUGAAAAUAGCUGUACAGCGACGUUCCCCAUCCAACCUGACAGAGGUUGAGAGGAUCUGCAUGGAAGAAUGGUAAAAACUCUCCAAAUACAGGUGUGCCAAGCUUGUAUCGUCAUAUCCAAGAAGAUUUGAGGCUGUAAUCUCUGCCAAAGGUGCUUCAACAAAGUACUUAUGUAAAUGUGAUAUUGCCAUUUUUUUGUUUUUAUACAUUUGCAAAAAUGUCUGAAAACGUGUUUUUGCUUUGUCAUUAUGGAGUAUUGUUUGUAGAUUGAGGGGGGGAAAUGAUUUCAUCAAUUUUAGAGUAAGGCUGUAACGUAACAAAAUGUGGAUGAAGUCAAGGGGUCUGAAUACUUUCCGAAUGCACUGUACGCACAUAAGCAUUAAACAAUAUUUAAACAUUUUGAAAUAAAUUGAGAAGUUAAGGUUUCAUUUUUCAUGACACUUACAAAAACAUGUCAUAGGCGAGGUUGUCUCAUCAAACUGGCUUCAGUGUAACAAUGUCCAUGCACCUUAUAUGCCUAAAAUUGACAGUUUGUGAACAGGUCUUGUUAAAUAAAGAUGCUUCUUGAACACCUCCAA